AUGAGGGAAAUCGUCCACAUCCAGGCGGGUCAAUGCGGGAAUCAGAUCGGAGCAAAGUUCUGGGAAGUAAUCUCGGACGAGCACGGCAUUGACGCCACGGGUGCUUACAGCGGCGACUCCGACCUGCAGCUUGAACGCAUCAAUGUCUACUACAACGAAGCUUCAGGGGGCAAGUAUGUCCCGCGAGCUGUGAUGGUGGACCUUGAACCUGGGACCAUGGACUCCGUCCGUUCCGGGCCGUUUGGGCAAAUCUUCCGACCGGACAACUUCGUCUUCGGACAGUCUGGGGCGGGGAAUAACUGGGCGAAAGGACAUUACACAGAGGGGGCUGAGCUGGUUGAUUCGGUGCUGGAUGUAGUUAGAAAAGAAGCAGAAGGCUGUGAUUGUCUGCAGGGUUUUCAGCUAACUCAUUCUCUGGGAGGAGGUACUGGAUCUGGUAUGGGGACUCUUUUGAUUUCCAAAAUCCGUGAAGAGUAUCCAGAUCGUAUUAUGAACACGUUUUCCGUGGUACCAAGUCCAAAGGUUUCCGAUACUGUAGUAGAACCAUAUAACGCAACACUAUCAGUCCACCAAUUGGUAGAAAACACUGAUGAGACGUAUUGUAUAGACAAUGAGGCGCUUUACGAUAUCUGCUUCAGAACUUUGAAGCUGACGACCCCAACGUACGGGGACUUGAACCAUUUGGUUUCAGCGACAAUGUCUGGUGUGACCACGUGUUUGCGAUUCCCGGGACAACUGAACGCCGAUUUGCGGAAACUAGCGGUUAACAUGGUUCCGUUUCCGAGGUUACACUUCUUUAUGCCGGGCUUUGCACCGUUGACCUCCCGUGGGAGCCAACAGUAUCGAGCUCUAUCUGUGCCGGAGCUGACGCAGCAAAUGUUUGAUGCCAAGAACAUGAUGGCUGCCUGUGACCCUCGCCAUGGUAGAUAUCUGACCGUCGCUGCCGUUUUCCGCGGACGGAUGUCUAUGAAGGAAGUGGACGAACAGAUGCUCAACAUACAGAACAAAAAUAGCAGCUACUUCGUGGAAUGGAUUCCCAAUAACGUCAAGACGGCCGUGUGCGACAUUCCACCUCGUGGACUCAAAAUGUCUGCCACCUUCAUCGGAAACACCACAGCUAUCCAAGAGCUGUUUAAAAGAAUUUCUGAACAAUUUACAGCCAUGUUCAGACGAAAAGCUUUCUUGCACUGGUACACGGGGGAGGGUAUGGAUGAAAUGGAGUUCACGGAGGCUGAAUCGAACAUGAACGAUUUGGUUUCAGAGUACCAGCAGUAUCAAGACGCCACGGCUGAUGAUGAAGGGGAAUUUGAUGAAGAGGUAGAGGAAGAGUGA